GGGCUGUCGGGCGGGGAUGGAGCAGGCGCGGGCCCGGCCGAUGAGGACCAGGAGAUGGAGGGGACUCCCAGCUGUUCGGGGUCGCGCUCCCUCCCCUUCGAAUUUGAGCGGAGCCGCUCAGAGUCCAGCGGCGAUGAGGACGACGACGAAGACGACGAGGAAGAGGAGCUGGAGGAAGAGGAGCUCGAGGGGGACCCCGGGGCUCGGUUCGGGACUGACGACGGGGAGCUCGACUCGGACGAUGACCGGGAGCGUAUGAUAAACCUCGCAGAGUUGACCCCUUACAUCCUAUGUUCCAUCUGCAAAGGUUACUUUAUUGAUGCUACAACAAUCACAGAAUGUCUACACACCUUUUGUAAAAGCUGCAUAGUGAGACACUUCUACUAUAGCAACAGAUGUCCAAAAUGCAAUAUUGUUGUACAUCAGACACAGCCCCUUUAUAAUAUCAGACUGGACCGGCAACUGCAAGACAUAGUCUAUAAAUUAGUUGUCAAUUUGGAGGAAAGAGAAAAAAAACAAAUGCAUGACUUCUAUAAAGAAAGAGGAUUAGAAGUGCCCAAACCAGCUGUCCCACAGCCAGUUCCAGUGAGCAGAGGAAGACCUCGAAAAGUUCUGGGCUCUGUGUUCCGGAUCCCACCAGAACUUGACAUCUCCAUACUUCUGGAGUUCAUUGGAGCUAACGAAGGCACAGGGAAUUUUAAGCCUUUGGAAAAGAAGUUUGUGCGUGUUUCAGGGGAGGCAACAAUUGGACAUGUGGAGAAAUUCCUUAGAAGAAAAAUGGAUCUGGAUCCUACUUGUCAGGUGGACAUAAUAUGUGGUGAUCACCUUCUAGAACACUACCAGACACUGAGGGAAAUUCGUCAAGCCAUAGGAGAGAGUGCAGUACAGGAUGGUUUACUUGUACUGCACUAUGGCCUGGUAGUAUCUCCACUAACUGUAACUUAA